GUAUUUAGCAACAGGAUUAGCUUUUAGGCAGCUAGCACUAACGUUCAGAAUAUCUAAAUCAGGAGUAGCGCAAAUAGUCAUUGAUGUGUGCAAAGCUAUUUGGUGUACAUUAAAGGAUAAACACAUGCCUACUCCUACUGUUGACCACUUUAAAAUAAUAGCUGACGAGUUCUACGAAAAAUGGAAUUUUCAUAAUUGUGCGAGUAGUAUUGACGGGAAACACAUAAGAUUGAAAUGUCCUAAAAACUCAGGAAUUGUAGACGCCAAAUAUAGAUUUAUAAUGAUAAACGUUGGCGGUUAUGGUAAGGACAAUGAUAGUGGUAUUUUGUGCAAUACAAAUUUUCACCAGCGUCUAGAAAACGGUACUCUCAAAUUACCAAUAGAAAGAAAAUUGAACAAUUCAGAUAUCUUAGCCCCCUAUGUUUUUGUUGGUGAUGAAGCGUUUCCUCUAAGAAAUUAUUUAAUGAGGCCAUUUCCAAGGAAACAAGCACAAGAAACAAAGAAGUCAUAUUAUAACUACAGAUUAUCCAGAGCUAGAAUGACUGUUGAAUGUGCAUUCGGUAUCGCUUUCUCAAAAUUUCGAAUUUUAUUGAAGGCAAUAGAAACUAAAGUUGAAAAUGCCGAUCACAUUGUAAAAGCGGUUUGUAUAUUGCAUAAUGUAAUAAUAGAUAUUGAAAAAGAUGAGUUAAGAAAUCAAGAAAUAAUAAAUACCUUUCAUGAAUCCAAUACAAAUUCAAAUAAUAAUCAACUUAUGGGAAUAAAUCCAAGACAUAGAUCUAAUAAUCGUGCAUCCCGUACGGCUAUUCAGAUUAGAAAUAAUUUUGUUCAGUAUUUUCAAGAGAAUAAAAUUUAA